UGCAGACCCACGUAUGGAUGUAACUUACUGAAACCUUGACAUUAACAAUGGAUAAGAUGUGGAUGUUUUAUUCAUCAGUCAUCCUAUUGUCUGUCAUACAGAUUCAACAUGUUUUGGCUACAAAAUGUAAUAUUGUGUCAGUGACAUCUCCUUCAGCAUCAACACUGAACGUGGAAUGGAGCAGCUAUGCUGGAACUUCAGUUUAUUUACUGAACUUCAGAGUUGUGAACUCUACCAAUAUCGCCCCAGUGGUGGUGAUGCAGUCAGCACCCAGCACACAGAGGCUGAUUCAGGGGCUAAGACCCGGACAUGUCUAUGAAGUCACACUAAAGGUCUUUCAGUUUUACACUGUUUUGUGCACAGACGUUAAAACAGCCAUGACAGUGCCUGCCACAUCUCAGAUCACCUUUUCCAAAGCUAUUUCAAGUACAUCUAUAAGGUUUGAGUGGUCCAGUGCGAUAGGGGCAGACAGCUACAUCUUGUUUGUGGAGAAGUUGUUCAGUUCUCCCCCCCAAAAAUACAACCAGACCUUCACAAACCUGAGUGGACGAGUGGACGGCCUGACUCCCUCUACAGUUUACAACUGUUACAUUUACUCCUCCAACAGUGCCGGAAGAGGUGCCAAAAGUAAUACAAAGACAAUCAUAAUGUUGGUGCAGCCACCAACUGGCGUGACUCUUGAAUCGACGGGAAAGAGCACAGCCCGAGUGACGUGGAACGCUGUAAGUAAAGUCCUGUUUUAUCAAGUGACUGUGAGUGACGACAACCCCAGCAACGCCCCGGUCAUCAGGAACACUUCAACCACAUCCAUGGAUAUCAGUAAUCUGGAGCCCUGCUCCACCUACACAGUGGGAGUAUCAUCAGUAAACGUCUUCUUAGUUCCUGGGGAGGCCUCUAAUGUUACAUACAAAACCGCUACCACAAAUCCGGUGACGACCAUCUCUUCGGACUACAGCUGCUCCAGCGGCAUGGUGACAGUGACUUGGGAUUUGGUGUUUGGGGCCAACUUAUACAGGGCCACGGCUGUCGACAGCACCGGCGCAUCUCUUAACUGUACAUCAGCCUCCACCAGUUGCCAGAUCACCAUGCUCAAAUGUGGUGAGAAAUACCAGGUCCAUGUUACAGCCAUCUCUGACAACUGUGAGAGCACCUCCAACACCUCCACCUUGUUCGAGACAGUCCCCUGUGCUCCAGGUAAUCCUGUCACCAUUCACGAUUGCUCCAGCAAUGUGAUUGUCUUUAGCUGGCAGCCCACCAACAACACCUUCUACUACGUGGCAAUGGCUGUGGACAACACUGGCAAAGCGACUGAGUGCAGAACGCCAGACAACACGUGUUACUUCACUAAUGCGGGCUGCGGUCAGUUCUACAAGUACACCGUGUACGCUGUCAGCUCUGAAUGUAACAGCGAAGUCAGCCAACCUGAGUUUGUCUGGACUUCUCCAUGUCUACCAACAAACGUACAGACAGCAGCAGAGUGUCAUUCUGACAUGCUGAUCACAACCUGGGACUCUGCUGCUGGGGCGCUUUCCUACACUGUAGAAGCACAGGGGAACACUGGAGAAACCUACAACUGCACCUCCUCCUCCAACAGCUGUGCGGUGACCGGGGUGCCAUGUGGUGAACACCUCAGCUUGUGGAUCGUCGCCUCCAACGACAACUGUUCCACUGACAAGGUGCUGGGAGAAGUUGCUCAGACUGUUCCCUGUACCCCCAUCAAUGUCUCAGCGUCAGUUGACUGCAGCCAAGAUUCUGCAAGAGUUGACUGGACGAUGUCCAUCGGUGCUGUAUUCUACGUUGCCAUUGCUCAGGAUGCAAAUGGAAAUUCGUAUAGCUGCAAUUCAAUGAGCACCAACUGCUUGAUUGAAGGCCUGAGAUGUGGACAGAAUUACACUGGCAGCGUUAUCAGCACCAAUCUUAUGUGCAACAGCUCCGCCAGCGAGGAGGUCACCUUUAUGACAGCUCCUUGUCCUCCAACCAACAUUGAGGCAUUCAGAGACUGUGACGCCAACCGCGCUCUGAUAGUCUGGCAGAACCAUCAGCCCACAGGCCUCUACACUGCAACCAUAGAGGAUCAGAGCGGCGCUCAGCUCACCUGCACCAGCAACACAGUCAACAACUGUAAAAUCACCUCUCUGCCCUGUGGAAAGAGAUACAAUGUCACUGUCAUAAACAAUGAUGGAAACUGUCCGUCCACCUCAACACCUAUCAGCAUGGACUCAGUGCCAUGCAGUCCUGAGGAUGUGUGGGCCAGUGUGGCCUGCGCUUCUGGUGAGCUGACGGUCGCCUGGAACAUCUCGGUUCCUGCAGAGAACUACACCACCACCAUCUACAGAGGAAUGAGUCACCCUCUACGCUGUAACUCUACAGACACAAAAUGCACCAUGGGAGGGUUGUUGUGUGGAAGCUCCUACAGGGUGAUCGUUCGCUCCGUCAUUGGGACAUGCGUCAGUCUGCCGAGUACAGAGGUCACAGUGCAAACAUUACCAUGUCCUCCCACCAACAUCACAGCCAUGCACAGAUGUGCUCCGGAUCCUGUUCCUGUGUCAUGGGUGGCCAGUGAAAGUGCCAAAUACUACACUGCUGUCGCUGUGAGUGGCGGAGGUCACAAGUCAGAGUGCACGACCAAUAAAACUUCCUGUAGCCUCCCUGGACUCCAUUGUGGGGAGGUUUACACCAUUAGUGUUUCAGGAGCGGAUGACAACUGUACAGGUCAACUGAGUGACACGGUCUCUUUGAACACAGAGCCAUGUUCUCCCUCUAAUGUGUCCAGCCAUUUGAUGUGUAGCACUGGCACUGCGCAGGUGUCCUGGGCACCCAGUGCGAAUGCAGUGACCUAUGCAGUGAAAGCCACCAGCAACGGACAGACCCUCAACUGCAGCAGCCCCAGCCCCAACUGCACGCUGAGUAACCUGGUCUGUGGCCAGGCGUACGACAUUCGUGUGGCUGCCACUGACGGCACCUGUGUCAGCAACUUCAGUGCCCCCUUCAGACAAGACCAAGUCCCAUGUACCCCGGAGAAUGUUAGCGCCAUUCUGGUCUGUUUCAAUCACUCAGCCCUGGUCACAUGGGUAGGAAGCCCCAGUGCAAUAGGAUACAAUGUGACAGCCAUGGGCCAGGAUGGACACACACACCACUGCCAAACCAACACUACCAGCUGUCAGCUACCUGACAUCCACUGUGGUGAAACCUAUGGCAUCACGGUCACACCGUACUCUAAGACAUGUGCAGGAAACCCAAGUGCAGUUUAUAGCUUUAGAGCAGGUCUUUGCGCUCCCAGUAACGUCACUGUGUCUCCAGCGUGUGAGGACAGCACUGUCUCUUGGUCUCAUAUAACAGGGGCUGAGAUGUUUAUAGCAACAGCAACUGCAGAUGAUGGCCACACUCACACUUGCAGCUCAAACUCUUCCAGCUCAUGCAAUUUCACUGACCUCCACUGUGAGGAAACCUAUGCUGUUACUGUUGUGACUGUGGACAGGGGCUGCUGGAGCUUGCCGAGCUCAGCUGUGGAGCUGAGAACAGCUUUGUGUCCGCCUACUAAUUUGACGGGGCAAGUCAGUUGUGACACCAACAUGCUGACCCUCACGUGGGACCAGAGUACAGUGUCCGGGGCAACCUACACUUUACAAACUGAGAGGGCAGGCGGCACACUCCCUCCUUCAGUACAGCCUACCUCUAAUACCUCACAAACGUUGACCAACCUGUCUGUCCUGUGUGGACAGAGAUAUGCUUUCCGCAUCGCAGCACAGGAUGGAAACUGCCGCAGCAGCUACAGUCCACCCAUAGAGAUAAGCACAGCCCCUUGUCAGCCAACCAACUUGACUGCUCAUGUGGACUGUGGGACAAACAAAGGGAAUUUCUCCUGGGCUGAGUCUAGUGGAGCAGGUUUCUACACUGUUGAGGUGACAGGAGAGCACGGCCACGUAGCAUCCUGUUCCUCCAAUGACACCUCCUGUGCUGUAAAACUUCACUGUGGCCAGUCAUACUCUGCUACAUUGGUGGCUUCCACAGAAAGCUGCAACAGCAGCAAACAUGCUGACAUUCAUUUUGACUCUGAGCCUUGCCAGCCUGUGAUUGUAUCUGCUCAGGCACUCUGUCAGAGUGAGGAGGUCCAGAUCUCCUGGCAACAAGCAAGUGGUGUUGUGAAUUACUUGGUAACAGCCACAGGGAGCCUCGGAUAUGUGGAGAGCCGCAAUACAACCCAGACCUUUCUGUCAGCUGCUUUACCAUGCGGACAGAACUACAAUGUCACUGUGCAAGGACAAGGCAGCGAGUGUGACAGCCUCCCCAGCAGCCCUGCCUUCUUCAAAACUACUCCAUGUAUCCCCCGCGAUGUCACAACCUAUGUACAGUGUGAGUUUAACGUGGGCUCUGUCAGCUGGGGGCCCAGUGACGGCGCCGAAACAUAUGUUGCCGUAGCAACUGGGCUUGAUGGCCACACCCACCAGUUUCUCACCAACAACACCUCCUGCACCUGGAACGACCUGCACUGUGGAGAGGUGUACACUGUUGUAGUGAGAGCAAAGGCUGAUAACUGCACCAGCCUGCCCAGCAACAGCUCUGUCAUCCAUAUGGAUCCCUGUGCUCCCCAGAAUUUGGCUGCCUCCGUGAAUUGCGAUAUGAAAGUCGUUUCUCUGAGCUGGAACGCCAGUAAUGGCACAGAGUUGUAUAUGGUAUCAGCUGAGGCAGGAAACAAAUCAGUUGGGCUCACCACUAAUGUCACCACAGCCCACUUCUCUGACUUCACCUGUGGACAAAACUACAGCCUCACAGUCACACCUCACAACCAGCACUGUCCUGGCAGCUCCAGUGCACCAGCCUCCAUACAGACAUGGCCAUGUCCACCUGCAGGAGUCUCUACCAUGCAAGACUGUCUCACUGGCAUCGUCAUGGUAACCUGGCAGGCCCGUAAUGGGUCAGACUACUACACAGCCACCAUGCAGACUGACACUGGCAUUUCUAAAAUGUGCAUGUCUGACUCUAAUGAAUGUAGUGUCCCUGGUCUGACCUGUGGGCACAACUUCUCUGUGUCAGUCACAGCCUCCAACCAGCAGUGUAACAUCACCUCCAGUCAAACCACCAGUCUGCAGUCAGUGCCAUGUGUUCCCACUAAUGUCUCAGUGGUGAUGGACUGUGCCAACAAUACUGCUGUUGUGUCGUGGUCCGCCAGUCGGGGUGCUGUACAGUACUCAGUGACAGCCCACAGUAGUCAUAGCAACAUCAGCUGCAUGACCUCUGGACUCCACUGUAGCCUUGACAACCUCACAUGUGGUAACCACUACACUGUUCAGGUAGUGGCUAUGGAUGACAACUGCUCUAGUAUCCCCAGCCAGGCUCUGAUGUUCAACUCAGCCCCCUGCCCGCCCCAGAAUGUGAGUGCCGAGGUCCACUGUUCGUCAAACGACAUGACAAUUACUUGGGACGCCAUCAGAGAAGCAGACCACUUUUUGGUUUCAGUAAUUGCGGAAAAUGGAGGAACCAGCGAGUCAUGUAACACCACAAACACUGCAUGUUCCAUCAGCAAUGUGACCUGUGGAAAUACAUUCAGGGUUCAAGUCACCUCCGUCAGAGGCGCCUGCCGCGGCCGGCACAGUCAGACCCACAGCAUCCUGUCAGCUCCCUGCCAGCCGCAGAGGAUCAGAGGCAACCUCGACUGUGUGACCAAUUCUGCCUGGAUAUCAUGGGACGCUGCUCCAGGGGCGGACAGCUACUCUGUGUCAGCUGUAGGUGGCGAGGACCAUACAGCCAACUGCACCACUUCCUCCAACACUACCUGUGAGGUGGAACAUCUGGCAUGUGGCAUACUUUAUAACUUCAGUGUUAUUGCUGAAAGCAGCAAGUGUGACAGUCAGCCAAGUGCCACCAUUGACUUGCAGACAGCUCCCUGCUCCCUCUCUAGUAUCACAGCGGUCCCUCAGUGCCACAAUUCGUCCAUCCUCGUCAUGUGGGAUCUGAUGAAGGGCAGCAAGGGAAACACUGUGUACAUUGCCACAGCAGAAGCCAGGGACCGUACCUACCUAUCCUGCAACAGCACUGGCACUAGCUGCUACCUCCACGGAGCACAAUGUGACCUCCAUUACACCAUCAUUGUAGCUACUUCAUCAGACCAGUGCAGCAGUAUGAGAAGUCCACCGUACAGAAUUAGCAUGGAACCGUGUCCACCCAGGAACCUGGUGGUUAACGCCUCCUGUGAGGACCACAGUGUGCUGGUGUCCUGGAGCCCCUCUCCUGUUGCAGAAACCUACCAUGUUGUCGCUAUGGGUGUAGACGGACAUGUGCAUACUUGCAACACCACCUCCAGUAACUGCAGCAUAUCAGAGCUCCACUGUGACCAGCAGUACACGGUAUUUCUGACUGCCAGCCACGAGAACUGCUCCAGCAAAGCCAAUGAAAAUUCCACACUCAACACAGGUCCCUGCAAGCCUGAUGGCCUCUCAGUCACAUUCCACUGUAUCAAUCAGUCUGCAUUGCUGUCAUGGAAGCCCAGAAAUAACACUGUGGACUACUACGGCUGCGCCCAGGCCGGAAACGGAAGCAUGCUGUACUGUCACAGCACAAAUCCCACCUGUACUAUCCAGGGUCUUGAUUGUGGAACAGUUUACAAUUUCUCUGUCCAGGCCUCAGAUGGGGCAUGCAACAGCUCCUUCAGUGACCCAGUGCAGAGUGGAGCAGCUCCCUGUCCCCCAGACACUGUUGAGGUGCAGCUGAUUCCGAUGCAGCUGGAGAUCCAGGUGAUGCACUUCAGCUGGACACAGGUCACCUGCAGCGACACCGAGUACAUGCUGAAGUUAACAGGAAGUCUGCUGGGAGACAGCCAGGCCCAGUUCGAGCUCUCUUCCUGUUGGACAAGCAUGACGUACUUUGAGAUUCCUCUCCCCUGCGGUUCAUCCUACAAUGCUACAGUGGAGAGCAGGAACGCUGCUGGCACCAGCAACCCAUCUGUGCCUCUCAAUGGAACAACAGCACCUUGUCCACCAUCAGGAGUGGUGUACAGUGGUAACAGCUCCUUUGCCAAAGUUUCCUGGAAUGCUUCCGUGUUUGCUGCCACGUACACCGUGUACGAUAACAGUGUUACGCCAAAGGCCCAGCUAUGCAGCACUGCAGGCCUGUCCUGCUCUCUGUCCAACAUCGCUUUCACUAACCUGGUGAUCACAGCCAGCAACGCAGCCGGAGAAAGUGAAGAAACAAUCUUGAUUGUAACACAAGGACGCAGGAGGAGAGACCUCAGUGAACAAAUGCCAGAGAUUGGAGUCCUUUCAGCUCCCGUGCUGGAUGUCAAACAACCAACGCCAACAGUUGUUUUUGUUGAGUGGUCUCGAGUGGACGCUGCCUCCCAUUACAGCCUGGUUAUCAGGAAGCAAGGCAGCUCCAGUGAGCCUCAGGAGCUAUCGGUGUACGGCGAGAGCAUCUUUCUCACUGAUCUGAGCCCAGACUCGACCUACUGUUUCUCUGUGUCGGCCAGGACAGCUAGUGGACCACAGUCAGAGCCUGUGUGUGUGCAAACAGGACAGGGGCUUCCCCAAUAGGAAAACACUUCUGUAGACAAAGCUAGAGGUCUGCUUAAAAUGCGAUGGUCUUACUGUCAAAGUGGCAGCGUUUCUGACAUUUAAGAAUGACUAAUCUUUUCCCAGUAACUCAUAAUACACAAUAACUUUAGAUCCGGAAGAAUGUGGGAAUUAGCGUGGGUUGCUCUGACAUUUACAUUUCUGCUGGUUUACAAUGAACUGCAAAAUAAUUUGUUUGAGGUGUGACACAAGGGAAGAUAUCUUCAAAAUGAGAGCCCAUGUCCCAAGGAUUUUUAACUUCCUCUACGCUAUACUUGUGUUAAAAAAAAAAACUUCAUUGAGGUAAAUCUUUUGUCUGCUGUUGGUUGAGAUUAUAAUUUUACAUGUGGGGUUUUGUUCCUCCAAGUUUUUUAUAAUUUGAUGCCUAAGGUAAUAUGUCAGGAAGUGUUUAACGUGUCCAGAAUAUUUACCUUUUUUAUUAUCCAUUUCGGAAUGUAUAUUUAAUAUGGAAAUUAUUUUCAGAUUACAUUCUAAUAAAACUUUCAAAUAUUGUUGCA